UAACCCGAUUCGUGAUCGACAAGGGGCACGCGCAAUAUUUAAGCUCCGCAUCACGCCGUCAACCCUCCCCACGAAAUCGCCCGUCCAAGAUCUCAGGCACGCACACAGCAAUGGCAUCGACCAACGAAGAAGAGGAGUACUGCAGCAGCCCGGAGGAGUGGGAGGACGUCGACGACCAAUCGAGCUCCCGAACCGCCUCCGAUUACGGCAGCGGCGGCGAUGAGAGCGACGGCGAUCUCACGUACAGCGACGAUGACGAUGAUGAUGAUGGGGGCGGCGAUUCUUCGUGUGGCGAAGAGGAGACCGAGGAAGAAGACGAAGACGCCAUGGCGGCGAGGCGGAGCAGGGAGAAGCGGUACGGCGUGCUGACGAUGGACGCGCUGCGGGCGCUGCAGGAGGAGCACACGGCGCGGGUGGCCGACCUGACCCUGCUCCCGCCGGCGCUGGCCGCCGCCGUGCUGCGGCACUGCAAGUGGAGCGCCGCCGCCGUGGAGGACCGCUGGUUCUCGGGCGAGCAGCGCGUGCGCGACGCCGUCGGCCUGCCCGGCUCCGGCUCCGGCUGCUGCGCCACCAACCCCGCGCCGCUCACCUGCGCCAUCUGCUUCGACGCCCACGGCGCCGGCGAGAUGCGCGCGGCCGCGUGCGCCGCCCACUUCUACUGCCUCGGCUGCUGGCGCGGCUACCUGCGCGCGGCCGUCGCCGACGGCGCCCGCUGCCUCUCCCUCCGCUGCCCGGACCCUUCCUGCCCCGCCGCCGUCGCCCGCGACCUCGUCUCCUCCGCCGCGGACCCCGACGACGCGCGCCGCUACGACGAGUUCGCCCUCCGCUCCUUUGUGGAAGAGAGCAAGGGGUCCAUCCGCUGGUGCCCUGCCCCCGGCUGCGCCCACGCCGUCCGCUACCUCGAGGGCGAAGCCUGCAGGGAGCAGCUGGACGUGACGUGCGCCUGCGCGCACGCCUUCUGCCUGGCCUGCGGCGAGGAGGCCCACCGGCCCGUCCCCUGCGCCACCGUCCGGGCCUGGAUCGAGAAGCACGCCUCGGACUCGGAGACGGCCAACUGGGUCCUGGCCAACACCAAGCACUGCCCGGAAUGCCGCCGGCCCAUCGAGAAGAACAUGGGCUGCAUGCACAUGACCUGCUCGAACCCGUGCCGCCACGAGUUCUGCUGGCUCUGCCUCGGCCCAUGGAAGGGCCAGCACGACGGCGGAUACUACGACUGCAACCGCUACAACGCCGAGAGGGCGCAGGGCAAGGCCAGCGAGGACGAGCUCCGGCGCCGCCAGGCUAAGGCCUCCGUCGACCGCUACCUCCACUACUACGAGCGCUGGGCGGCCCACGAGCGGUCCGGCAAAAAGGCCCGCGAGGACAUGGCGGCCCUCGCCAUGUCCUCCCCCGGCGGCGAGUCGGAGGCGCUGGCCAAGGCGUUCGGCGUGCUGGAGACGGAGCUGGACUUCCUGACGGCCGCGUACAGGCAGGUGGCCGAGUGCCGGCGGAUGCUGCGGUGGACGUACGCCUACGGGUACUACCUCGAGAACCCGGCCAAGCUGGAGUUCGUCGAGGCACUGCAGAGCGACGCCGAGGCAUCCCUGGAGCGGCUGCACGGGUGCGCCGAGGAGGAGCGGGCCGGCCUCGUCAAAGGAGACGACCCCGCUGGGAGCUUCGCGGCGUACAGGGAGAAGCUGGCCAGCCUGACGCUGGUGACCAGGAACCACUUCGAGAACCUCGCCAGGGCGUUCAAGAACGACCUUGCCGAGGUCACCGCCGUUGCUUACACCAAGACCCCUGCUGCUGUUGCUGCUCCAGGCUCUGAUGACGACGAUUAUGAUGUAUGAAUGUACCCGAAUUUUUAGUCCAAUCAUCAUACUGAACUAGUAGAUGAUCAGGCAAGCAGAAUUUCAAAGAUGUAUGCAAUGUGGUGCUUG